AUGGCUCGCAGAGGAGUCUGCGGUUUCAUCGGGGUUGACCCAGUGUCGCAUUGGACAAAAAACAUCCCAUUGGCACGAAUGGACGCUCAUACUACCAUCCUGGCAUCAGCGUCAAGGACGACACUCACACAAACUUUUUUCAACAGAAUGGGCGACUUGCCCGAGCUCCGCUACAGUUUUCCAUUGUACGAUGGAGUCAGCGUUGUCGGAUUCACCUGCACCAUCGGAGAUCGUGUAAUCACUGGCAUUGUCAAGGAGAAGGAGGAAGCACGCCAAGUCUACAAGGACGCCGUUGCUCGCGGCGAAACAGCAGGACUACUGGACCAGGUUGCCGAAGCAUCAGACUGUUUUACCACGACCAUUGGCAACAUCCCCAACGAUGCAGAAAUCAAGGUCAAGAUUGUGUAUGUUGGGGAGCUAAAACAUGACGCCCAGAUUGACGGCAUCCGCUUUACCAUUCCAACGAUCAUUGCCCCGAGAUACGGCGGUUACCCAGGAGGAUUGGUAGAUAAACAGUCCCUCACAAAUGGCAGCAUCAGCAUCACUGUAGAUGCCGAGGCACCAGCAGGAUCUCACAUUACUUCUAUCCAGUCACCUUCCCAUCAACUUGCCGUGACAAUGGGCCGAUUAUCAACUACCCCUGAUGCAGAGCCCUCUUUCCAAAGAGCCUCCGCAACCUUGUCCCUCGGCACAGCUCAGAUGAUGGAUGACUUUAUUUUGCAAGUCAAGACAACAAACGCAGGAGAACCUGUGGCGGUCCUCGAAGAACAUCCCACCAUUCCUAAUCAGCGCGCCUUGAUGGUCACACUUGUGCCGAAAUUCGAACUUCCUUUGGAGAGACCCGAGAUCGUCUUCAUGUGCGACCGAAGCGGCAGCAUGGGUGGUAAAGAGGAGGAUCUUCGAACUGCCCUCCGCAUCUUUGUAAAGUCGCUGCGCACGGGCAUGAAGUUCAACAUUUGCAGUUUUGGCAAUAACCACACUUUCUUAUGGGAGCGAUCGCAGCCUUACAACCAAUCCACGGUCGACGAGGCCAUGAAACACAUUGACACGAUAGAGGCCAACUAUGGCGGCACUGAAAUGUACGAAGCCGUCAAGGACAUCUUCGGCCGCCGAUACCGGGACACAAACCUCGAGGUGUUUCUCAUCACCGACGGCCAGAUCUGGAAUCAGCAGCAACUGUUACAACUGAUCAACCAACAUGUGUCCGAGAGCGACGGGGCGAUCCGUCUGUUCAGUCUUGGCAUUGGCUCUGGCGCCAGCCACUCCCUUAUCGAAGGUGUCGCUCGCGCCGGGCAGGGCUUCUCUCAGUCCGUCGCCGACCGUGAGCAAAUGGGAUCGAAAGUCGUCCGAAUGCUCAAGGGCGCACUCUUUCCUCACGUCAAAGACUACUCCUUGGAGCUCAAGGGAACCUCCAGCAGUUCAGCUGACGAUGACUUUGAGAUGAUUGAGAAAGCAUCUAAUGUUUCGGGCACGGAAGAUUUGGCAGAUUCGCCAGCAACAAUCACAGAUGAACCUAUCCCGCAGACACGGUCGCUAUUCGACCCCUCGGUUGGCACUGGUACAGAGAUUCAAGACACCGAGUUCGCAACCGAGCCUUCACGUCUCCCUGAUAUUGAGAUUCCACAGCUGCUCCAGGCACCAUCCAAUAUCCCACCGUUGUUCCCUUUCAGCCGUACAAGUGUCUACCUUCUCCUAUCUUCUGAUACGCCCACUCCGGGCUCUGUGAUCCUGCGCGGCUCUUCGUCGCAUGGACCUCUCGUACUCGAGAUCCCCAUCACGGUACCAAAGGACAAGGGUGAGACUAUUCAUCAACUCGCGGCCAAAAAGGCAGUCGGUGAGCUUGAGGAAGGCAGAGGUUGGAUCUACAAUGCCAAGGAAAAGGGUCCAGAAGGUCAGCUCUUGAAACAAAAAUAUGAUAGCGUCUUCCAAGACAUGGUCAAGCGCGAGGCUGUUCGCCUGGGCGUCCAGUAUCAAGUUGGGGGCAAGUGGUGCUCUUUUGUCGCUACCGAAGCAAAUGGCAAAGAGGCGACAGAGCAGCGCGCACCGUCCUCGGCACCGAAGAGCCUGCAGCAAUCUCCGGGCCAAAUGAUGCAAGCAAUGCAGAGGCAGCAGAGUCCUGGUAGUCGGCCACUUGGGCAAUCCCCGGCAACGUUGAUGAUGCAGCGGGCAACUGGGGCGUUCGGGGCCGGGCCGUCGCAGCGGUCGUCAAUGCUACAAGGCUUGGAACAGUCGAGGGCUUCGCCGAAAGCGAAGAUGAAGCGAGCACGAAUGGGGCCACAGCAAACCAUGCUCGCCGGCCAGGUUCAGCAAACUCAGGCCCAAUUUGGUGCAGCCAUGCCAAUGAGCCCUGUCGGUUCUGCAUUAUUCGGCUCCGCUUCUGCCGCCUCCUAUUCCUCGGCUGCACCCACCACCGACACUCGUUCCAGUGAUGGGCUGCAAAACUUCGACUUUGACUCCUUCCUUCACCAACCAGCCGAGGUGGAGGAAGAAGCCGAAGAAGACGAAGAGGUCGUAGCAAAGAAGGCAAUGCUGCUCCUUGGAGGAUCUCCGACUUCUUCCUUCUCUUCGGCUGGUCCGUGGGGGAAACCGGCUUCCCCGAUACCUGUCCCAUGGGUACCGUCCGCCGACCCGAUUCAGGAUCUAGCCAUUCUCCAAAACUUUGAAGGAUACUGGACAUGGGACGAGAAGCUGUCUGCCAUAAUGGGCACCACCGAGCAGGAAAUCAAAGGCUGGAUCGACGCAUCCCUGGCGGCCAAGCUGAGUUCCAGAGACGCCACCGCCACGGUUUGUGUCAUUGCUUGGCUGCGCAAGAUGAAGGCGGAUGAAAAGGAUACUUGGGAGCUGAUUGUGGAAAAGGCCCUGGACUGGAUCAAGAGUGAGUUUGGCGAGACGUCUGGACAGGAAAUUAUUGCCUGUAUCCCCGUCAUGGAAAAGGCUUUCUACAAGGCCCCGUGA